AUGCAGUCUGGUGGGUAUGAAAGGAUACCUUGCCAGCUACGAGACGUUUACAACAAGGUCGCCCAUGUCAAAAGAAAAGAGAAAAGAUGUACAGAUUCAUAUGGUGCUUUGGGAUAUUUGGAUUGUCUGUCAAAGAGGGAUCCAAAUUUCUUCAUUCAAUAUCAAUGUGACGUGGAGAACAGAUUGGGGAACCUAUUUUGGGCAGACAGAUAUUCUCGACAGGAUUUCGUCGCAUUCGGUGAGGUUAUUGGAUUUGACACAACAUAUAUGACAAACAAAUAUAAUAAACCCCUGACAAUUAUUUUGGGCGUCAAUCAUCAUUUCAAGACCUGCAUAUUUGGAAUGGCACUGCUUAACUCCGAGGAUGAGCAAACUUACUUUUGGUUGCUUGACAAAUUUAUUGAAUGCCACAAUCAUGUAACACCAAAAGUUGUGGUGACAGAUGGAGAUGGAGCUAUCAAAAAUGUUGUCUUCAAGUACUUCCCAAAUGCAACUCAUCGGUUGUGUGCGUGGCACCUAUGUACCAACGCUUUAAAAAUUUCAAAAGACCCCCAAUUCUUACAAGGAUUUCAAGAUGUCAUGUACAACUAUUACACAAUAGAGGAGUUCAUGCAAAAAUGGGGGGAAUUAAUACAGAAAUUUGACCUCCAUUCUAGCCAAUGGUGCACCAACACUUAUCACAGUCGUCGUUCAUGGACAGACAUACCUAAGAGGGAAAUUUGUCGCCGGAAUGUGGACCAACCAAAGAUGUGA